AUGGCCGGGCCGCGGGCUCUGCUCCGGCAAUGCCCGCUGCUGCUGCCGCAGGACCGCCACGGCACCGCCUACGAGGGCUUUGUCACGGCCCAGGGUAGAAACUUCCACAUCAGGAUACUGCUACCAGUGGAUUUGCAAUUGAAAAAUGCCAAGAUAGAGUGCAGCUGGCGGCUGAAGAGGAUCCUGCACAGCUACCGGCACGUUUUGAAGCAGCGGCUGCACAGCUGCCCAGACCUUGUCAGCUUUAUGGUGGAGCUGAAAACUGUUUUGGAAAUUGCUUUAAAGAACACAGAAGACCUGCACAUUCCAAGGCCUCCAGAAUACUACUCCUGCCUUGUCAGAGAUCUAGAAAUACUGGGCUGGAAUAGAGUGGCCUAUGUGGACGCUGGGCUGAGCACAGUCAAGUUAAAAGCUGAAGACUCUUGUGGUCGGCAGCAUCUCAUCACUCUCAAGUUAAAUGCAAAGUAUCCCACAGAACCACCAGAUUGCCUUGUGGAUUUUCCUGUUCCAUUUGCUGUUUCCUGGAUGCCACAGGUAACUGCUGGACUAGCCUUUGACAAGUUAAAAAUGGGGGUGGAUAUACUGAUACUGCCUAACUCCUUAAUAGACAUUUACAACCAGUUCCUGGCAGCACUGGAGUCGCUGAAGGAAUUCUGGGAUGCCCUUGAUGAAAUCGAUGGGAAGACAUGGGUGCUGGAGCCAGAAAAUCCCACACGGAGCGCUACAAGCAGGAGAAUUGCAAUAGGGAACAAUGUCUCAGUGAACAUAGAGGUUGAUCCUCGCCACCCAAACAUGCUUCCAGAGUGUUAUUUCCUUGGAGCAGAUCAUGAAGUGAACCCCCUGAGAACCAAACUCAACAACAACAUGCACUUGUGGGACCCAGAAGUCAGCUUGUUACAGAACUUGAGAGAACUCCUAGGAAUUGAGUUUCCAUCUCGUGCUGUGUUGGAAAAAAACGACUUUGCCAAGGACUGUGGGAUCUGCUACGCCUACCGGCUGGAGGGCAGCACGCCUGACCACGUGUGUGACGAUCCCCGCUGUGGGCAGCCCUUCCACCAGGCCUGUCUCUAUGAGUGGCUACAAGGACUUCCUACCAGCAGACAGAGCUUUAAUGUCAUCUUUGGUGAAUGUCCCUAUUGUAAUAAGCCCCUGACACUAAAAUCUUCAAUGAAGAAAUUCUAAGAAAAAGCUGCAUUGUGG